AGGACCAGUUGUUGUCCUACUGGCGUGAUUUGAAGGCUCAAUGACACGAGCCUCCUAAGGAUACUCAGUCAAUGAGUAAAGAACCUGUGGCUAAGAACAAGUCACAGGCUAGUGCUUCGACUUUACCUAGUAAGCUUCCGAAGCGCAAAGUCAAGUUUGAUGUGACCGAGACUUCAGACAAUGAGGUGGAUAAGAAACCAUCUAUUUCAAAGGAAAAAGGUAGGGCUAGGGAAGUAUCCCCUAAGCCCAUCUGUACAGAAGUCAUCUACGCCCCAGCAGAUACUAUUGUUGAUGCAGUAAUGUCUUCCAUUAGCAAUGUUAAGCAGAAGACUGCUGUCGAAGCCACUACAAAGAAGGGUAAGGAAUGCGAGAGGCCUUCCGCUGAUCCUCACGACCCUGCUGUACCUGCGGGCCAAAUUGCUCCACAUAGCUAUUUAGAACUAGCUAUCAGUAAUGCAGUGGGGUCACAGUCACGAUGGAAUUCAUUAAGUUCUAUGUCGUCGACCUCAGUACAAUCCCCUAGUGUGACUGAUGGGUCAGACUCAAGGAAUUCAAGCCCUUCUGAUCCCUCUGAUUCAUCAUCCUCUGAUUCAGACUCUUCGAGCUCCAGCUCAUCGAGUUCUAGUGGGGCUCAUCAUCAUCGUAAGCAUUGUCAACAGCGUCACAAGGCACACCAUCAUCGUAAGUCCAAGAAGGACAAACGGCCCCUAUGGAAGCCAGUUCCACCUCAGCCUUAUGAUGGUCGUGCCGAUGCUGAGGUGUUCCAUCACUUUGUUAGGCAAGCAACGGAAAUGAUUAAUGGGUACAACAUACCUCGUCAUAUGAUCCCCUCGACCAUAGCAAACUAUUUGACUGAUCGAGCAUAUGACUUCUAUGCCAAUACCAUGGCUGAAGAUCCUCGUCGUUGGAUGAGGCUGAGGGAUAUUUUCAUUGGGCUAUUCAACUAUUGCUUCCCAAUGAAUUUCCAUCUUCAGAUUCACACGAAACUAGAAAAGUUCCAUCAGUAUGACCGAACAGUGCGAGACUAUGCACAUGAGUUGCGAAGCCUCUUAAGGCUGGCUGGUCACUCAGUCGAUAACCAAGAAUCAGUCAUGCGACUGUGGCGAGGACUCAAUCUGUCGAUUCAGGAAGUCCUAUGGGACCACAAGUUGUCACCACUUACCAGUACUUGGGAUGAAGUCAUGCGAGAGGCUGAGUUCAUUGAAGCCUCCCGACGUGUGAAAGAAGGAAUGCGUCAACAGAAUGGUGAUCGUUCUAGUGGCACUGGACCUUCAGGCUUGAAAGGGAGUGGAAAUGGAGGGCAAAAGAGUGAUCACCAAAGAUGUGACCAUUGCAACUGAGGUGGUAAUUGCCAUCCAAAUAGAAACCACUCAGGUCC